AUUCUGCCCUUUCAUACGUCGUAUCUCAGGAGCACUGCUCUCCUUAGCCUAGGCUGGCCCUAGCCUCUCAAGGUGAUAAGCCACCCUGCGCUACCGUCAGUCGUUCCCGCUAUGAAUCAGGGUACGGAUUUUCACUUGCGUGUCAGCGAAUGAUGCCAUUUGAAGUACCGCUUCUGCUGAUAAGCGUGGGACCAUCUGCUUGGCACAGCUCAAAUAUUUUCAGCAGUGGGAGAGCUGCUCUGACUUCAGAGACAAGUCUGCAGCCAUCCUUGGAGAUGCUGGGACUGGGAACCUGGCUGACUGGCUGGGUAUGGAUGCCUCGGGACUCAAAGGAGCUGUCUCCCUGUUGUCACCUCUGACCCGUCCUGAGCGAAGGACACCAGUGGGUCUGCUCUCCAGCGUGGAGUUGUUCAGAUGCUCUUGACAAGCACAGAGGUGCUUGGGUGAGGACCAGCGAGGAGGGAAGGAGGCGUCUGACUAAUGCUGCCACCGCCUGCUCCAAUCUGCUCGCACUGUGUUCCCAACAGAGGUUCCCACCACCGUGUUCCGCGACCGACAGGGUGAGCGUCUUUCUCCUCCGACCGUGACUGCCAGAAAAUGACCUGAAGCGGCUCAGCCCACAGCCUCCUCAUGGACCAGUUAAAUAUGACAUCCCUUGCUGAGGAGAGAGCCAUGAACACCUCCAGCAGGAAUGCCUCCCUGGGGAGCUCGCACCCGCCCAUUCCCGUAGUGCACUGGGUCAUUAUGAGCAUCUCCCCGCUGGGCUUUGUGGAGAACGGGAUUCUCCUCUGGUUCCUCUGCUUCCGGAUGAGGAGAAACCCCUUCACAGUCUACAUCACGCACUUGUCCGUGGCCGACAUCUCACUCCUGUUUUGUAUUUUCAUUCUGUCCAUCGACUAUGCCUUGGACUAUGAGCUCUCUUCUGGCCAUUACUACACCAUCGUCACGUUGUCGGUGACUUUUCUAUUUGGCUACAACACGGGCCUCUACCUGCUGACCGCCAUCAGUGUGGAGAGGUGCCUGUCGGUCCUCUACCCGAUUUGGUACCGAUGCCACCGCCCCAAGCACCAGUCGGCGCUCGUCUGCGCCCUUCUGUGGGCGCUCUCCUGCUUGGUGACCACCAUGGAGUACGUCAUGUGCAUCGACAGUGGGGAAGAGAGUCGGUCCCGAAGCGACUGCCGGGCGGUCAUCAUCUUCAUAGCCAUCCUGAGCUUCCUGGUCUUCACGCCGCUCAUGCUGGUCUCCAGCACCAUCUUGGUGGUGAAGAUACGGAAGAACACGUGGGCCUCGCACUCGUCAAAGCUGUACAUCAUCAUCAUGGUCACCAUCAUCGUCUUCCUCAUCUUCGCGGUGCCCAUGCGGGUCCUCUACCUGCUCUACUACGAGUACUGGUCGGCCUUUGGGAACCUGCAUAACAUCUCCCUGCUGUUCUCCACCGUCAACAGCAGCGCCAACCCGUUCAUCUACUUCUUUGUGGGCAGCAGCAAGAAGAAGCGCUUCAGAGAGUCCUUGAAAGUGGUUCUGACCCGGGCUUUCAAAGACGAAAUGCAGCCCAGACGCCAGGAGGGCAAUGGCAACACCGUCUCCAUUGAGACCGUAGUCUAAGGACCACAGGGGGGAGUUGUGGACAGAAACCGUGGAACGGGGGUGGCCUUCAAUCCGCGCUUGGAGUGCAAUCGAAGCACAUGUAAGUCUCCAAAGUAUGACACAGAAGGGAGGCAUUCCACAUGCAUGGAAGUCUAAUUGAUGAUGAGCCUGUGACCUUAUCUAGUGUCUUCUGGAAACGCCUCCAUAGGUGACAUUGCUCUGUCUUUCCCAUCCUUGUCAAAGACUCACUCUCCUCUUAGCUCUUUGUAGUGACCAACCGUUAACUAUAAAAACUGCUCUAGCGCCGGGCGGUGGUGGCUCAUGCCUUUAAUCCCAGCACUCGGGAGGCAGAGGCAGGCGGAUCUCUGUGAGUUCGAGACCAGCCUGGUCUACAGAGCGAGUUCCAGGACAGCCUCCAAAGCUACAGAGAAACCCUGUCUCAAAAAAAAAAAACAAAAAAUACCAGCUGCUUAGCAGGAAAUAUCCCAGAUGGGACCUGGAGAACCCGGGGAAGCCAUUCAGUGGCUCCUGUUUGCUCCCAUGUGACCUCAGACAAGCGGCUUUGGGGAGCCUCACUUCCCCGCUUAGCGGAAGUGGUGACAGUUUGUACUGUGCAGGUUAUUGUGGAGUAUGGCAAGGUGGGCAGAGUGCCUGCCCAUUGUCAAAGUUCAAUAAACGCCCAUCUCUCUUCGCCCUUCAA